AAUAUGAUAAGGCAUUCUAUGUUUAAGUAAGUAAACAAAGAAACCAGGCCAUUGUGAACUGCAUGUCUCUAAAGGCCAAUGGUGUGUAGAGUUUCAGCAAGAGCCCUCCGGCGGUGGACUACGGGACUUUCUCCACAAAAGGGCUGUUCUCGAAACAGUGGACACACCAAACUACUGUGACCUUGUUUCUUGACUCUUCCACAAAAGAAACUGCUCUAUAAAAUGACAUCUCAUUUCACUAAAAGAUUGCAAAGGCAGAGGAUAUCCAAACCAACUGCAAAUAUGGAGUGUCUGAUAAAAGGUACGAAUUCUUCGAACAAGAAAAUGACUCUCCUCAACCUUUUUCUCAUCAUCUUUGCAACAAAACUCGAAAACAGCAUUCAGUUAACGAUGAGUGAUUGUGGAUUAGAAUACAGACACCCAGAAUACACUGAUAUCUCUGUGGAAUGUGGAACGGAAUACAUCGGGCUGGCCAUUAAAUUCUGUCCUGUCAUGUACAGUGGCUACAACGAAACACUGCUCAUCCUCAACAAAAUCAUGAAUAAUCCAGCCUGCCAGGCUACUCUUGACGCCACCGUCUCACCUCCUGUGGCCCGAUUUAGGUUCCCGCUCAACGCGACCAAUGCCUGUGGCAGCAACUUCGUAACGAUCAGAAGUAUAGGAACAGGCGCAUUCUCAGACUUCUCCAACAUCGAGACAGUCAAUAUCAGCGGAGUUGUACGAUCAAAUGACAUCACAACAGGCACAGUGACAUACAAUGCUGAGCUGAAGUACUACUACUCAUGUGCCUAUCCUCUGGAGUACCUGAUCAACAACACCCAGAUUGAUGUGUCAGGCUCUUCGAUUGCAGUGAAAGACAACAAUGGUAGUUUUAUCAGCACUUUGAAUCUCCAACUCUUCACCGACAUAAACUACACCCAGCCUCUCGUCAUGCCUUCCCUCGGGAUUGAGCUGAGGACAAAUGUGUUUGUGCAGGUGGAGGCCAUCAACUUAACCUCCCAAUACUAUGUACUGCUGGACAGAUGCUACGCUUCCAUUUCCCGUACGCCCACUACCACCAGCUUCUUCAACCUUUUUCUGCCAUGUACCAGAGAUCGUUUCACUAAAAUGCUUGUGAAUGGAGAGAUGCAGCAUGCCCAGUUUUCGUUUCCAGCUUUCCGUUUUACAGAGCAGCAGAAUCAGACAAUGUCAACAUACUUUCUUCACUGUAUCACCAGACUGUGUGAAAAAACUUCCUGCAGCGCAUUUACGCAAUGUUCCACAAGAAGAAGAAGAGAAGUGGUGCCCUUGAUUACCACUCCUGCUCCCAAUGGAGUCACAGAUACCACUACCAUCACGUCACCGGCCAUCAUUAUACGCGCAGAUGGCGUGGUGGCAUCAAAAGAAGAAGGUGUGUCGAUCACCACGAGUAAACCUACAGAUACUUCUGUGGGUCUUGGCGUGGCAGUGGGCAUCAUGGCAUUAGCAUGCAUUAUGAUCGUGGGAAUGGGAACAGUUUUCUACAAGAGAUACUGGCACACUGGCCCCUCAAAAAUGCCACACAGGGGGUAAAGUGCCCGGUCUGCCCUGCUCCCGCUCCGAGAGAGAGGACAGCCGGUAGCCUACCUCAUCCCGGGCCGCUCUCGCCUUCAGAACAGGGCUUAGUGUAGAACCAUUGUUGUACAAAAUCUUUUCUUUAUAGUGAUUUCUGGUGAAUAAUCAUAGCAGACAGAAGAUUACGAGGUUUAUAAAUGAGGUUUAGAAGAGCAAAAAUGCACUACAUCAGCUCUAUGCAUCUAACGGGUAAAGCAUUGAAUUUAGUUUCAUUUAUAGGGAUUGACAUGAACAGCGAGGAGCGGGUGAAAUUUUAUACAUAAAAAACAAAUAAGGCUUUAAUCCUUAGUUUAUAGAUAGGGAAAUAUGAAUUCCCAACUUUGUGUUUGCAAUUGUAUUUGCAUCAAAUACUGAAUUGACUGGCCCAUCAGAAUAAUCCAAGUGAAUGUGUUGUGCUGGUAUAUGUAAAAAAAAAAAAAAAAAAAAAAAAUAGACAAAAAGGAAGUCAAUUUGAAUGUGUGUGAAGUUAGAAAGUUCUCCGGAAGAAAAAAAAUCACUAUACUUUUUAAAAUGUUAUUUGUGUUAUUUAAUAAGGACUCAUUUUUCUGCUUAACCCUCAUUAAAUAUUGACACCCCCAAAUCUACACUUAAACCACAAAGAAUAUUCAUGCACACUCCAAAAUGUCACAGCAUUUACAAUGAGAUUUAUAACUUUCCAAUAAACUAAAGUCCACACUUUGAAGGCAUAGAGGAGUAUUAAAGAUUAUUUUUACUUGCUGAACAUCAUAAAUAAUUAAGAAAUGGAAAUGAAAGCAAUUUUAAACAGGAGAGGAUUGAAGGAGAUUGCAGUUAUUCAUACAUUUUUAUGUCUGAAGUUAUGUUCUUGGUUCUGAACUUUCUAUCAUUGUAAUUCCAAUGGCAGACUGACCUUUUAACAAUAGAUGUAUAUUUGUGAUUCAUCCAUUAAUGCAUGCUUCAUUAUGAAUAAAG